AUGUCUGAAAGGAAGGUUAUCAACAAGUACAUCCCUUCAAACUACAACCCGGAUGUUGGACUUCCCUCAUCACGUCGAGGGAGGGGCCACGUAAAAUUUAAUGCCAGAAAAGAAACCGUCUGGGAAGAGGAUUAUUUGGGUGUCAAGAUUUUUCGUUUCUACGUACGAUGUCCAAUGUGUUCUGCAGAAAUAACAUACAAGACCGAUCCCCAAAAUAGAGACUACGCCGCAGAGCAUGGGGCAAUACGGAACUUUGAACCAUGGCGAGAAGAGGCAAAAAAUGCGGAGGAGCUGAAAAGGCUACGGACGCUUGAAGAAGAAGGCGAUCCAAUGAAGGCUCUUGAAAAUAAGACCUUUGAUUCUAAGCGAGAGAUUGACAUCAUGGAUGCUCUGGACGACGUUAGACUAUUGAAUGCAGCGCAUGAAAAGGUUGAUCUCGAUGCUUUGCUACAAAGCAUUUCCAACAGGAAAACAAUAGAGGAGCUCGAAACAGAAGCCAGACUAAAACGGGAGCAAGACGAGGACGAUGAAAUUAUCAAAGCUGCGUUUGCAACCAUUCGAAGCGGGGCCCAAGCUUCUCUCAUCCCUUUGCAGCUCGAUUAG